UGCUUCUCGAAGAUAUAAUGUGAACUUUAAAAGGCUUUUUAUUAGAAACCAAGACUAGCAUUACAUAUGGGCUUUUAGCAGAUAAUCUCUUCCAUCUCCUCUCUCUCCUCAACGGCUUUGCUGACCAAGGUAAUGCGGGGUAUCCAAGCUAUUUGCACUUUGUUUGCGCCUUAGCCCUAAGGCAGCAUGUCUUACUGCGUCGCCUUCGGCUUCAUCUCGCUGGCCUCGCGAGUAUUCGUCGCCCUUCAUGAAUACUGAUUUGGCACGGAUAUCACCAAACGUCAAUGCCUUAUCCUCCUUCGUCUGCAUCUGGCGGGUUCAAAAUGACCAACCUCCUUGAUCUCCCUACCGAGGUCCUCCAGGAAAUAUGCAAAGCCUUAUCUCCAACCCACAUCCAUGGAUCUCUUCAACACAUUGAAAACAUGCGGUUCAACAGAGUGCUUAUCAGCGCACUCUCCGGGCUUUCUCAAACGUGCUGGACCUUCCGAAAUCUAGCCCAGCCGAUGCUGUACUAUUGCCCCCUUACUGCGGGCAGUGGAUUCAUCUCCCUCGUUCGAACGCUUUGCGAGCGACCGGAUCUCGCGCAAAUGGUUCGAGUGCUGAGAGUCAACGGGCCUUGGCAUUUGAAACGAGGCCAUGUUAUUUCUGCAAACGAUGUGGCGUUUUUCAACAUUGCACUGUCAAAGUGCCGAGGAGUCGACGGGCAACCGAUCCAAGUUUCUCAGAACUGGCACUUGACAGUCCGACCCCAGCCUUUGAUCCACUCUGAAACCGAACUAUUCCAGUAUGAUCCCCGUAUGGCUCUAUCCGCGCUGGCUCUGGCACAGAUAACCAACGUUUUGCGGCUUGAGGUCGGGGCUUAUGAUGACGAACCGUUAUCUUUUAUGUUCUGCCGUCCUGGAUCUUUCCCACGCCUUCGGGAGUUAUAUCUUGAGCACGGAGCCGCACGCAGGGGCGAGGAUCUCAACGCUGUGGAUAGUCUCCUGCAAGCAGCGCCGGCCUUGAGCUCCUUGGAGGCGUGCCGGAUUAAUUCUGCUUCAGACUUCAUCCGCCACGACAAUGUGGUCGAAGUGACGCUGAGAAACAACAACCUGGACUUCGGAUCGCUUCAGACAAUCAUGCGCCAAUUUAGGAACUUGCAAACUUUCUCAUAUCGAGCUUGGAACUUCCCCAUGUACGAUCUCAACCAGGCCACACCACAGGAGAUUUCUCAAGCCCUGCUUAUAAGAGCAGACACUCUUCGAAACGUGUCGCUCUGGUUCACGUCUGAGGGUAUUCCGCCUGAAAACAUGACUGAGACAUGGCUCGUGUCAAGUCUCAAGGAGAUGCAGCUUCUCGAAAGGCUAGAAGUCGAUGGCUGUGGCCUGCACAAUUCGAGGGGUCGCAAUCCAACCACAGGGGACUUACUGACAGACUUUCUCCCGUCUUCUAUCCAGAGCUUGACGAUCGACAGUAUUUUUGACAAGCAGCUCUCGGAUAUCCUGAACCUGGCUCGAAAAGCCUCCAGCUGCUUUCCGAGCCUCCGGGACGUUUGCUUGGCAGGCUUGUCGGAGGAGAACCACGACACGAUUCGGGUAGCGUUUGAAGCCAUUGGAGUCAGAACCGAUGUAAAAGUUGGCUCUGUCUCAAAGUUUUAUUACCGCAGUUAGCCAGCACAAGCAUAAAAGUAACCAUACACUGUCUGAUAAAGUGUCUCAGAAUACGUUUGGUUUGAGUGAGUCCAUUUGGCAGAGUAACUCGGGCACUGGAAAGGACAUAAAAUUUAGCGGGAUACAAUGGGGUUUCCGAAUCAAAAAGACUGAUGCUACCAUCCCACCAUCCCACUCGGUUGGAGUCGCCUGCGGAUACAAAAGUUAUUAUCGCACCAGAUGCCCACCAUCCCACCGGCUCAUGC